AUGCUAGCUAACACAAUUACUCCUUACAAAGAUGGUUGUAUUGCUAUCAAAGAAUUUGGAAACAUAAUGCGUUCGAUCGGUCAUAUCGCAACCAAUGCUGAGUUGCAGGUCAUUAAAAAUGAGGUCGACGUUGGUACCAGUUACGUUGUAGAAAUAUUGAACCGGAUUACAGAAAUGUUCAUUAAGUUUGAUGAGGAUCAUAAUCAUGUCAUAUUUGUAGCUGAAUUUCGUCAUUUCGCUACAAAGCUCGACAAGCAUGAGAUGAAUGUCCAAAUAGCGAACGAUGCUGUUGGUGCUUAUGAUAGUGAUAGUGAUGAGAAGCUAAACUUAGAUGAGUUUUGCAAUAUAGUAAUAGUGAUGAUUAAGGACAGAGAUAAGUUUUUAGGAGUUAAUCGUAAUAGUAAUGGAGAUAGAUCAAAACCACAACCAAAAUCUUAA